UAGCGGAUGACUUGACAGGAAAGAGGGAAUAGGCUUGUGUUUACAAGAAGUCAGAGCUCAAUGAGUGUAUUGUACUCUGUAAUUACAUCUGCAACCUUGUACAUGUGACUAUUUAACUCUAAACGCUAUAGGCUACUCUAAAGGACUGUAUUUGGGCAGGUGUGUUACCUGUACGUGCAACCGCGUAAGGGACAAGGUUGUAUUCCCUUCCUUGGUUUACUACUUCUUCCGGCACAGCUCACACAGAUAGGUUGAUCAAAUUCUAUGCAAAUUAGAUGUAUCCAGCAGAUGGGAAAUAUUGGUGAUUAAAAACUUCACUCGCCGCAUGUUGUCGCGCUUGUCUGUUCUAAUGUAGGACAUUUGCCAGCCUGCAUUUAAACCUGCUUGCUGUCAGCCAAAUAAGCGCUUUUCCUUCAGUGACAAUAGUGCGGGGAGUCCACCUAAACAGGAUCACAGGGAGUGAGCAGCUUCCUGGUCAUAAAGAAGUGCGUCUUGCUUCAAUUUCAGUGAUUGCCUACGCACCGCAGUCACCACCAGAGCGGGGUUAUUGACGCAGUGUGGAGUCUCCCGGCAGCAUUGCCAACUCGGCUGCACUACAGACGCAUCCAUGAGCGAAACCGCGAUGGCCGUGGUACAGCUCGAUACCGAGGACCAUCAAUCGGAGAACGGCUUUGUGUCCCCCGAAAUCGAGUCGCCGGGAUUGCUCACACGCAUUGACAGUUGUGUCUUGCCUUUUCUUGGGGGAUUUGGGAAAUACCAGAGACAGCUAAUCGUGCUGACAUGGAUUCCGGCGUUAUUCAUUGGAUUCAGCCAGUACUCUGAUGAAUUCCUUCUUGCCCAACCGAACAACACAUGUGUUCCGCCUAUGGCAAACACGACCAAUUUGAGUAGAAGUCCUUUAUUUCAUGGGGCAAAUAAUAGUGUUCCGCGAACAGCGGCGUACGUUUAUACCAAUGGCACCCACAAUGAUACGGCUAGGCAUCUGCAACAUUGUAUGUGCAAAGAGUGGACGUUUGAGCUGCAUACCGGACUCAUUCAGAAUGUGGUUACCAAGUGGAGUCUGGUGUGUGACUCGGCAUGGAAGGUCCACAUCGCUAAGUUCUCUCUGCUUGUGGGCUCCAUAUUCGGAUACCUGGUCUUUGGGGUCCUGGCAGACUGGUUUGGUCGCCACCCGGUCCUGAUCAUCUCGGUCCUGUUCAUGCUGGUGUUCGGUCUGACCGUGGCCUUCUCGGUAAACGUUCCCAUGUUCAGCACCUUGCGCUUCUUCGAGGGCUUCUGCCUGGCAGGCAUCAUCCUCUCCCUCUACAUCCUCAGGAUUGAGCUGUGCCUACCAGCCUGGCGUUUCUCCAUGACCAUGGUUGCCAGCUUCGUGGUGCUGGUCGGGCAGCUCCUUAUGCCAGGGAUGGCAUACCUCUGUCGAGACUGGCAGGUCCUGCAGGCCGUCAUCAUCUGCCCGCUGAUCCUCAUGGUCUCUUAUAUCUGGAUCUUCCCCGAGUCUCUGCGGUGGCUGCUGGCCACUCAACAGUAUGGCCGCUCCAAGUGGAUCAUGGGACACAUUGCCAAGAAGAACCAGGUUAACACCGAGUUGGACACUGAUCACAUCCUCACAGAGUUGCAGAAAGCUCUUCAGAAGAAGCCCAAAAAGACAUGUAUUGUGAAGAUGGUGGGGACAAGGAACCUGUGGAAAAACAUUGUGGUCCUCUGCGUGAACUCACUGACGGGCUAUGGGAUCCACCAUUGCUUUGCCCGCAGUAUGAUGGACCACCACGAGACCCACGAGUCCACCAUGUUCCACAACUUCUACGCUGACUACUACACCAUGGCGGGCAUCGCAGUGGCAUCAUGCAUUGCACUGUGCCCGGCAGUGUCCCUGAUGGGGAGGAGGGGUGGCCUGCUCAUGUUCAUGAUAAUCACUGCACUAGCAUCACUGCUGCAGCUAGGCCUGCUCAACUUACUGGGGAAAUACAGUGUACAUCUGAAUAUAGAGCGCUCAGAUACGCUGAAUAAGAACUUCUCCAUCGCCUUCUCCAUCAUCGGCAUGUUCUCCUCCCACGCUGUCAGCAACUUGAGCAUCUUCUUCUGCGCUGAGAUCACGCCCACCGUCAUCAGGGGUGGGGGUCUGGGCCUGGUGCUCGCCAGCGCUGGCUUCGGCAUGCUGACCGCCCCCAUCAUGGAACUCCACAACCAGAAGGGCUACUUCCUUCACCACAUCAUCUUCGCCUGUUGCACCCUCAUCUGCAUCAUCUGCAUUCUCCUCCUCCCCGAGACGCGCUACCAGCCCCUGCCCGAGACCCUGGCCGACGGGGAGUGUUACACCCGCCAGCCCCUGCUGCCCCCCAGGAGGCCUGGCGAACAGCGCCUCCUCCUGGCCCAGGUGGAGAGCAACAGGGACUACACCCGGGUCCAUGACACGCCGCUGCACGAGGCGGCCGCCACCGCCGUCUCCACAAUGGACUUCACGGCGUCCUCCGCUGUUGACCGCGCAGCACCAUCGGUUAUUGAUAUUUCGGCGCCCUCCGCUAGGACGUUAAUGUCACACCAGCAUGAGUCUGAUGGCAAAUCCACUGAAGACUCCAUUGAUAUACCCCUCAUUAAUUCUGUUGCCCCUUCAUCCACUUUCAAUGUUGAUGAUGAGACAACUCCCUCCCCUACUAAAGACAUUACCACUGACCCCCUCACAGAAGAUACCCAUACAUCCAUCUUGGUCAACACCAUUUCCCCUGUCACUGAAACUCUUCCCAUCUCUUUAUUGGAAUCAACCAUUCUGCCAGUACUUGAUUCAACCCCUACCUCCGCAUUGUACCCUUCCACUCCUAGUUCCGUAGUGGAUCCUUCCACUCCACCUGUUAUAGAAUCCACCCUCACUUCAUUGGAUGCUCCAGAAGUAAUUGAAACUCCCCCUACCUCCACAUUGGACUCUCCCCCUGUCAUAGAAACCACCUCUACAUUGGACUCUACCAUUCCCCCUGUCAUAGAAACCACCUCUACAUUGGACUCUACCAUUCCCCCUGUCAUAGAAACCACCCCUACAUUGGACUCUACCACUCCCCCUGUCAUAGAAACCACCCCUACAUUGGACUCUGCCACUCCCCCUGUACUUGACCUUCUACCCCCCUCUCCAACACCCUCCCCUGGUCCUGUCAUCAGUGACAUUUUUCUCCCUCCCCCCAUGGCGGACUGUACGACUCCUAUUGAUUCUGCUGACCACAUAACCACAGACCCGAUCAUAUACUCUCUAGAUGACAAACUCCCCGCUCCUCCUCCCCCUACAUCAGACUGUACCAUUCCCCUUCUCAUAGACUCUGUCCAUACUCCAGAGUUGGACUCUUCAUCCCCAUGUGUUAAUAAUGUUAUUGUUUCUCACACUUACCCUGUCGUAGCUCAUUCCCUUGUUCAUCCCCCCAUCCGCCCACCACCACCCAAUGACUCAGGUCAUAUCCCCACAACAGUGGACUCUUCCAUUCCCCCUGUCAUGGACACUGUUCACAGCCCCACUGUGGACUCUACCACUCACCCCAUCACGGAUAUUGUUCAACCCCUUUCAUUGGACUCUACCAUUCCGCUUGUCAUAGACUCUCAGCACCCCAACGUAACAGACUCUGAGACCACAGAGGCGGCCACCGCUUCCACAAUAAUGGACUGUACCAUCUCCUCCCCCGUAGACUCGGGAAUCCUCCCUAUAAUGGACUGUACUAUCUCAGAAAACCGCGUCAUCAACGGGGUGGCGUCGUCAUGAUCCAAGGCUCUACCUCUGGAACAAGGAGGUGUGCCACUCCCUCGUGGAGGAAGAAGUCCUGGACAUCCAGGUUACAUGUAUGGAGUCACUAACUGGCUGAUCAGGCCUCAGACAUUUUGGCUGCUCUGUAGGGAGAAUGCCAGUGACAGACAGGAGAGGGAACAGCUUGAUAUGGGGAUGAGUGUAUCUCUGACACCUUUUACUGGGAACAGCCAGAAAACAGGACAGGGGGACCGUGCUGCGGUGACAGUAAUGAGUGGUUACUCUGCCACAGUGCGGAACUGUAAAUAACUGACAUCAUCAGCGUUUUACAUAGUUGUUGUUGGAGGAAUCUGUAUGUGUCAUUUUAGACUGAGAUACUGCCAGCCAAAACUCCCUUUGACUUCCUCUGACACUUUAUCCCAAUGCUUAGUUGGAGAUGCUAUACAUACCACUAAAAACCAUUUGACUGUACAUUUGCCUCAAUUGCAGACUUAGAUGUACGCCCAAUGUGUUUGAUGUACAUUUGCCUUAUGUAGAAAAAAAAUACUUUAAGAAUACAAUGCAGAAUUUUGAAUGUCAACAGUGCCAGAUAUCUAAACUGAGUUUAGAGUCACCCAAUUGUUUUUGUUGUCAGAAACUGAAUGGAAUCUGUGUAGGGAAAAGAGCAAUUUGCCAAAUAUGAAAAAAACAAAAGAAGGGCAAUAAAAGUUUUGCCCCAAGUAUUGGAGGUGUUUUAAUGUAUGAUGCAAUGAGUUAAAAAAUGACAAGCGAAACAUCUGAAGACUUCAGUCCUUAGUGUUAUACAAGCAUGGGUGUAUGAAAAGGUACUAGAGAAAGAGAAUGUCGCGAACUGAGGAGACAUGUUCAUACAUUUAUUAGGACUAUGGACUGUUUAUGUGGAGAGAAGGAGAGCUGUACCGGUGACGUGGUAGAAGUGAGAGGUCUGUUGGUCCUUUAGGACUAUGUUGUGCUUGUUGACGUUGCGGUCCUGUAAGUGAAACAUUUGAGAAUUUACAGACUAUAUCAAAUGUUUCAUGGGACAUUUGUUUCCACUCUUAAAAAAACAUUAAUGAAUUGUACUGUAGGCAAUUGGAUCUUGUUAAUGUGAUACUCUAGGUCAAAUUGCGUAGUUUGUGUGCUACUGAUGUUGCGCUUGAUCACAAAAACAAACAAAAAUAUUGCCAUUAUUUCACGGGGGGGGGUGUCCUUAGUGUAUAAAGAUAGGCGGUACUGUUAACAUUAUUUGUGUGAAUGUAAGUGGCACUUUAAUCUUCGCUACGGGGACUGAGCAUGUAAACAAAAAUGUGAACUUUUCCAUGAAACAAAGAGGUGAUGUUCAAAUGUUACCUAAAAAAUCACAAGAGCUAUCUCUGAAAUGGACACAUGAAUGACAAAAGGAUUUUGUCUUCAUUACAAAUACAUCUGUCAUUGCCACCAUCUUGUGUGUGUUUUCUACAUGUAAUUAGCAUAUUUGGUGACGUAAAAAUAUUUGAAGUAUAUUUCCCAAAUAAUAUACCAGAAAUAUUUCAACUUCACCAAAGUAUGCAACAUUUAUAUUUGUGAUAUUGACUCAAAUUCUGUUUCGUUUUGAAAUGUAGGCUUAUCCCUCUUUUUUUCUCCUCUUUUUCUUUUUUUUUUUACUUCAAAACUUUACCAUUUACUUGAAUUACUUUCAUUGUAAUCAAUACAGACAUGAUAGCGAAAUGUCAUCAUUAUUGGAAAAGCUAUAACAAAUGUCUCUGAUUAUUUUAAUUAAAACAAAAAUAUAUGAAGAGCUUUCUUUUUCUUUGAAAAACCCAAAUGUCUAGUGUCAACGUCAUGUUUUACCAACGUCUGUGAAUGACUGACUAUUGACAAUAGUACAUACCGGGCAAACAAAAUGGUGGCUGUCAGUUCACUGGUUAGGCAAUUGCAUCAGAUUGUGUUAGGCCACUGUUUUACAAAUACAACAUCACUUGUUGUGAUGUAAAGCUUCUUUCUUUUCAAAAAUCUUUCACAUAUUGUCCUUUUCAAAUACCAUGGAGUCCUGUCUUUUACAGUGUGUUUAAUAUCUAUUUAAAAUGGAAAAUACAAUGGCUUUGGAGGUGACCAAAAUAUCAUGCAAUAGCAGCCACUGAUCACUCAACUGUACACUAAUCAUAAAGUGGUCAUCACAACACACACUGUCAUGUAGUUCUGUGGAUAUAAAAAUGACUAUGUAAAUACUAAAAGUGUAACGACCUACUUUCCGUAUAUUCUCUGGUUAUUUCCUGGUAAAUAAGCACACUGUUAAAGAAGAUAUACUUGUUGCUGUGGUCUUCAUUCCUAAUACUACAUACACCUUGUUCGGAAAAUUCAAGCACGGUAGAGAAAGGAUAUGUGAAUCAAGUAAAACUUCAUUACACCCCUGUAUGAGCCUCUUAGCUUCUUUUAACAUCUAAUAGACUUCACGGCUCAAACCAUAAUGUCUCCUGUACUCCCGUCGAGUCAGAUUAGUACAUUUGGUUAGCUGUGAAGUGAGGACGGUGUUACUAACGCACGAAAGUCUAUUGACACUGGAACAGAGGUCAAUCGUACAAAUGUUAAGAGUAUAUUGUCUGCAGCUGUAGCAAUACUUCUCACCCCACAUUUCUUGAACUGCAACCGCUCUUGUCUUAAAAUGUCACAAUACAACACAUUACAACCUUUCAUUACAGUCUCUGAUUUCAUAUGUGACAGCAUCGUCCGCACCAGCGAUGGUGUAUGCUUGGUCAGAUGUAUAAUGACACAUUCUAUUUCUAUGGGUAGAGUGGGAUGAUGGCUUGGAAAGUGGCUACACUAAAACGGUACAAGUAGAUGGACAAUAUAAUACAUUGAGUAUACAGUGGUAAAGAAAAUGCAGACUGAUAUGUAAACUAACUUUGAUUUGCUGUGCAUUGAUAGGUUGUGCUGUGAUACAGUGGUCUGGAAAUGGUUCUCAACUGAUCAAAUGGCUCCCCUCAUCCUAAAUUGUCCCCACUUCAGCCAAACUAUGUUGCGGAAAUGAGAAAUAAUCCUGAUAUAACAGUUUCUGUUUUUACAUGAUUUGAAUGAAUGAAUGAAUGUAAAAACAUGGAUUUUACCAGUUUAAUUUUCCCUUUUUUGUUUUAACUUGUAUAAUGCAUUUGUAUAUAAGCCAUACGUGUCGUAAUAAACUUCACUAUUUAUUGAUCAAUGAUG